AUGCAAGAUCAAGGCCUGUUAGGCAUAGAUCCCGCAGAGAUCAAGCCAGGCGAAGAGAAUCCACCCAAAAAUAUGAGUGAGGUCAUAGAGAGAUUACCAGAACUGCCAUACCGCCGUGCUGCAGCAUUAGUUUUCAUCAUAAUCGUGUUCGGAUUAGGUGGACCAUUGUGGUAUCAUACCACUAGAACUUAUCGUGCACCUUUUGAUACGUUUCCUGAAGGACAAACGAUAUCGCUAUCUGUUCAGUAA